GAGUGUUAUAUCUCAAAAGCAAACGCCGACAUUCAAGCUGUCUUUCAUCACAAGUCAUCAUGCGGUGCCUUUAUGUGCUCAUCUUUUCCGUUGGCUCUCUCCUCUGCGCUGCUUCAGAGCCCUUCUCGGUGCCAAAUGUCAAUGCCACCUUUACUAAAACCCCUAAGCCGUUUCAAAUUCAUGUUGAUCAAAAGUUUAUUGAGGAUACCCGGCAGCGGGUCGCUCAUACAAGGGCACCAUUGUUUAUAAAUGUGACAAGCGAUGGCCCGAGUGCUGAGAACUUCACAAGCGUUCGUGACUUCUGGGUUAAUGAGUAUGAUUGGAAUGCUACUGAAGCAUCUAUCAAUAAGAGACUUAAGCAGUUCACGACGACUGUUGAACCCGAAAUCAACAAUAUCACUCAUUCGGUGCCACUGCACUUCGUCCAUCACCGCUCACCGAGACCGGACGCCAUACCGUUGCUGUUCAUUCACGGGUGGCCGGGGUCCUUCCUUGAAGUCGGUAACAUUAUCGGAAAUCUGACAAAUCCACCAAAUGCAUCUGUACCAGCAUUUCAUGUUGUGGCGCCUUCGAUCCCAGGUUUUGGAUUCUCUCCCGCGCCGACGCAGCCAGGCUUUGGUCCCGCCGCGGCUUCAUAUGCCUUCAACGAACUGAUGCUCCAGCUUGGGUACUCCAGAUACGUCGUUCAAGGUGGAGAUUUUGGUGGUGUCAUCCUUCGCUACCAAGCCCACCAUUUUCCGAAGCAUGUGAUCUCGGCACUCAGUAAUUUCUGGAUUAUCCAGCCCGGGAAUAAUGACCUUCGCCGACUUGCAGAGGGAGAAGCAACGCCCGAUGAGGUUGCAUAUAUCGAGAUUAUAGAAAAUUACGAGAAUCAGGGAUCAGGCUACCGAUUGAUAAUGUCGACGGAACCACUCACCGUCGCAUACGGUAUGACGGACUCGCCACUUGGAAAUGCUAUGUGGAUGUACUCCAUUAUGAAAAGGGUCAUCGACCCGACUAUUAUGGCAUGGACGCCCGAGGAGAUUAUUACUUGGUCGAUGAUGUACUGGAUCCAAGGUCCGUACAGCGGCAUGCGUUUCUAUAAAGAAGUGCAAAAUGAUGGAGGUUUUGAAACACUUGACUUUGGCACUCUGCCGCUGGUAGAAGUUCCAGUCGCCAUCAGUCAAUUCCCUUAUGACUUGACUUACCGUAUGCCGCUAGAAUGGGCGAAGCGCGGAGGAAAUGUUCUGAAGAGAACUGUACAUAAUCAUGGCGGCCAUUUUGCUGCUUAUGAGGUGCCUGAUCUGUUGCUUUACGAUAUCUGGUCAUGGUUUGGAGAUAAGGAAGCUUCUGGAACAAAAGCAUUCAACUGA